UCCCUAGGGUCCGAGUCCCAGACUCCCAGGAAGAGGGACCGGGGGAAGAAGAAGUCACAACUCAGUAGAGAAGAAAGAAGAAGAAGACGAAGAGGAGGAGGAGGAAACAGAACUGCGGCUGCUCCCAUCAUCAUACUCUAGGCUGCUAGGGAAGGAGGAAGAAAGAAAAGAAAUCGAGUUGCAAGAAUGGAGUCGGAGUCAGGAGGGAAGGCGUUGGAGGGGGAGAUGGAGGUGGAGGCAUUCAAGCGACUCUUCCCGCUUCCCUUCUACGAGAAGCACCUCUCCCAAUCCCUCCGCCCCGACUCGAGGUCCCUCGACGAGUCCCGCCCCACCAUCCUCGUCCUAGGCACGGUCCAGACCGCCGACGGCUCGGCCACCGCCAAGAUCGGCCACACUACGAUGAUGGCUGCAAUCAAGUUGGAGAUCAUGAUUCCGACAUCUGAGUCGCCUAACGAGGGCGCCAUUGCUAUCGAAUUCCAUAUGCCCCCUGUAUGCUCGCCUAUUGUCAGGCCAGGUCGACCUGCAGAGGUCGCUCCUGUGAUUUCUAAGCAGCUUUCGGAUGUCAUAUUGAGUUCUGGUAUGAUAAAUUUGGGUGAACUUUCAAUAAUUAGUCGAAAAGCAGCAUGGAUGGCCUAUCUGGACAUUUACUGUUUGGAUGCAGAUGGCUCUCUUUUUGAUGCCGCAUUACUUUCAGCUGUUGGCGCCUUUGUUAAUUUGGAAAUCCCCCCUGUUUCUCUCAGUGAUGAAGGACGGAUAACUGUUGCUUCUGCGGAGCUUUUAGAACACACAGAAGUGGUAGGCAGUAAGGAGAAAAGGAAGUUGCAGCUGGGGGAGAUUCCAUUGUCACUAACAUGUGUGCUACACAAGAAGUAUAUACUGGCGGACCCAAAUGCAGAAGAAGAAUCCAUCAUGGACACACUUGUAACCAUCGUGUUGGAUACAUCAAGCCGCCUCCUGUUCUUGUAUAAACCAGGGGGUCUAUUUCUUGCUAAUUCGUCAAUGCUCCAGUCCUGUGUGCAGCUUGCAAAAUCUAGACUGACUGUUUUGAAAGAGAUAUUGAGAGAUGCACUUUCAGAGAUGGAUGUUGAUGAAGAGUAAAUUCUCAUGUGACCGAGUUGCAAUGUGAUGACAUACUUUUGUGGCAUGUGAGAGAUUGUUGCAAUUGUCUACAAUCCGGAUGUUGAAUUGGUUAGCCACCUAACCCUCUUCAAGUGUGGUUACUGACAAUAGGUUGACUUCUAGGUUCAACCCAAAUGGGACCAAGAGGAUGAUCACUUAGAUUGAAGUGGUAUCAUUAAAUUCAUGCCUCAAGAGGCUGUUUGUGUAUCCUAACUUUUUGACAGCCUGCUGUUGCUGCUGUAACAGGAGGAAGAGAAAAAAAAAUUGAGGCUAAAAAAUCUGAAAUUCAUUUGAUUAGUGGGAA